CCGGAGCGAAGCCGCGACACACCCACUUCGAGCAUGGAAGCGCCAGGGAGCAGCUACGGGCACGGCGGCCCCGGGGGCGAGGCUCCCCUGGCGCGAGGCUUCGGCUUCCCUGGUCUGGCGAAGCAGGAGGAAGGAGAGGAGCGGGGAGCCGCGGCGCCUGCGCAGUGGGCACCGGGAGGGAGCUGGCUAGAAGUGCAUCCUGCGUUUACAAGGAUGAUGUCGCUGGAUGUGGCUGACAGAAGUGGGGUGUAUGCUGCCUUCUUAGUCUACUUGGACCUCUUAGAAGUUAGAAAUUGGCACGAGGUGUCCUACUUUGGCCUGGGAGAAUUGCAGCUUGUGUGCCUCCGCGGACGAGAGAAAGAAGACGAGGAUUUGCAAAUGGUGGUGCCAACGCCUGUCCACAUAUCCUUCAGCCAUGAAAGAAUGAGGCAGAUCAUGAAGAGCGCAUGGGCUUGGGAGGACGAGGCACCUCCCUCGCUGGCCAUCACUCUGGCUGUGGUUGAAACAGACUCUACAAUAGUCUACUAUAAACUGACGGAUGGUUUUGUAACCCCAGAGCCUCCUAGUAACACUGAAGACACGGGCAAUAAAGAGUGGCGGAAGAAAAAAAGAAAGAAGUUUCUGAGUUGAUCGGGAGAUGAACCAAUCACGUGUGCUUCAGAUCUGAAUCAGCCUGAAAUUAAAAUGUGCACUUGGGAGUCAGAACAUCUGUUUUGAAAAUCCUGGAAAAUUGGCAGGAUAUUGAGGUGCAUAUCUGGUAAUAAACUGGGACAUCAAAGCUG